GUCGUUCUUCCAACCGAUCAAGUCAAAAUGGCCGGCGAGAUACGUCCGGAGUAUGCCAUCUACAACGUGGGCAACGAAGCGGUUUCUGAGGCGGACAUGAUCUCCAGCGAUUUACGGACCGACUACGCUGCCUUCAGCUGCGUCAUUUCGGAAGGUUACGUUCACGAUUGGAAAGUACAGGAGAUGGCUCCCGAGGUUCAGCAGGAAAGGAUUUCGAAUGGGGAGAAGACGAAGAUCAUAAAUGAAGAAAUCGCGAACGAAGAUUCCGUUCACGCGCCGAGCUCUGUAAUGACAAGCAUGCAGAGCAGGGACUUGUUGGCUUUCUCGUCUCUUAGUGACGACGAUAGAUCGCCAGUUUCCGCUAGGUUUGGCCACCGGAAGGCUGCCAAGGCUAGUCCCCAAGGUGGGAAAGCGGCGUUGGGAGUGGCGAGGCCGAAGCGGCAGGACACGCUGGAGAGUACGUGGAGGACGAUGACGGAGGGACGUGCUAUGCCGUUAACCAGGCACCUGAAGAAGUCCGACACGUGGGACUCAAACCACCACCGUAACGAUACGCCGCUAAGGGACCGAAACGGGUGUACCCCUCCGAAUUCGAAACUGAUGAAGAAGUCGGAGAUGUUCAGCGAGCAAAGCCGAGCCUACAAGGAGAAUAACUCAUCGGCGAGUUCGUCGCCGGGAUCCGCGAAGAUGAGGAAAGAACCGUCGCUGAGUCAGGACGAGUUGAAUCGACGAGUAGAGGCUUUCAUCAGGAAGUUCAACGAGGAGAUGAGGUUACAGAGGCAGGAAUCGUUGAGGCAGUACCGCGAAAUGAUCAAUAGUGGGGCCCGUUGAGACGUUACCGUUGUGAUGUUUUUCCAAUGGUCUCGUUAUCAAGAAAUACGAAGUCGUGCCUUUUCUCAUGCCUCUUUGAUUUUGUUAUUUUCCCAAAUGAAGAAGCUACCAUUUUGGUAGAUUAUUAUUGGAAAAUUAGUGUUUAU